AUGAGGAGGACCGGCGCCCGUGAGGGUGAGAGACUGAGGGGCGCGUCGGGGGCGGCCCGGGACGACGCUCCGCUCACCUGCGCGGGAUUCAUCCGUGCUGCCGCCCCUGCCACGCCAGGGGUCCGGCGCGGUCCGGAGUGCCCCGGCGCGCGCUCCCGUCCACGCGGUCGCGGCGCCACCAGCCGCCGCUCAGUCAGGGAUGGCGCGGCAGGAAGUUCCGCCCCUCGCGCAGGAAGCGUCCCCGGGCGGUCUGCGGUGGGGCGCUCGGGGCGGAAGCCCAUAGCCCAUGCUUCUGGGCACUGUGGAUUAGGGGCGGGUGCAGUCCUCGGGACUACGACAGGCCAACCGGGGGAACAGAGCCCAGGCUCCCCGGUGCAGAGAAGCGUCCGCAGUCCCGCGGGCGAGGGGCGAAGGCCCCCCCCCGAAGCCAGGCGGCGCGGGAGCGGAGGACGUCUGCGGCCAGCCAGCCCCAGUGCGCGGGAGACUGCGGGGCGGGAGCAGCCGGUCGCAGGGCCCCGGUGCCGGUCCCAGUUCCCGUUAGGUCACUCGCUGUUAGCUGUACCUAGCCCGGCUGCGGGAGGCCAAGUCGCGCUGGCUCUUUGCGGGAUCCUGGACGUUGUUUAUCUAACAAAAUACGACAACUUCUUGACCGGAAAGGAGCCUCACAGCGUGGCAGGAGAGCGUCUUCAACUACAGAGAGACAAGCUGCCCAACACAGGCGUUACGACAGGCCCCAGGACUCAGAUCUCGGCUCGUCAGGACCAGCGGCUGUCAGGGCGAGCUGACGGUGGAGCUGAAGGGACCUCUUGUCUAGUUCACAGUAGCCCGGCCCUGCGUCUCCCAUCUGACCUUCGUCCUGCCCUUCUGAUUGCUUAGGGCAAAUAUGUGAUCAUGAAGCUCGGAGGCUUUCGGUCAUGAUGCUCUGUCUUUAUCAAAACACUGUCACCGGGAGCCUGGGUGGCUCAGAUCAUGACCCCGGAGCCUGAAGAUGGAGUCCCGCAUCAGGCUCCCAGCUGCACAG